UCCCCACAAAACCCCGACUCCACGAAAGAGAGGGGAGACGAUGGAAGAAGCCGUUCCCGCAAUUCCAAUCCCUCCGCUUCCAGAUUUCUUCACGGCGAUCGAGGUGGCGGCGGCGGAGCAGCUCGUCCAGCUCAGCGGGAGCAGCGGCGACUCCGCCGUCCGGCGAACCCUCUCCUCCUCGUCCUCGUUCGCGUCUUCUUCAUCUCCUCGAUCCGUCAGUACGCGGCCUCCGGCGAUGGCGAUGGUGGCAGAGGCCGACGACGACGAGGAGCACGAGAUUGGUGGGGCUCCGCGGCGGCGGUGGCCGCGGUACCGUCUGAUCGCCGAUCUCUAUGCGGCCACCGCCUUGAUCGACGACGAAAGCGGUCGCGCCGAGAAGCUGAUCGAUGGAGAAGAGCGUGGCAGUCGCCAGAAGAGGAGCAGAGGAGGGAAAUAGAGAUAUGUAAUCUUUUGGAAUGGGUUAUGUUGGAAUCUUUUUUUUCUAAUUUCGGUAUGUAUAAGAGAGUUGAUGGAGUAUCUUCUCAACUCCAGUUCGAAACAUGUAUAUAUUUUGUGUAAUAAUAUGGUUUGUCAAUCCGUUUUAAUUUCGUUGUUUC